AUGAACCCUCUCCUGUCGUCAUUCCUGUUUGGAGAUGCAAGCAACACUCUUUAUCACCGGUUCAACGAGUUCGUCGCGGAGCUCUUUAUAAUGGGCUUUCAUCGACUCGAGUCAUCUCCACCAGAAGUCCCAUUUUUCAUACUGGAAACUCGAAAGAGGAUCUUUGCAUUCGCGGUCACUAGAGAUAAGAGCCUCGCUACCUUCCUUGGAAGACCUCCACGGAUUGGCAACGACUUUUGCGACAGGGCGAUGCCUCUCGACAUAGACGACCACGAAAUUAUCUUCCAGAACAGCCGACUUCAGGCAGUAUUACAGAGUGCUGGCGAUGGUGGAUGGAGGAACAUUAUUGGACGCGGGGAAAUUAUUCGACAAUCGAGCUUUCUUCGACUUCGCUACCAGCAGGCUGCGCUUCAGGAGACAGUCCUAUGCCUAUCCUUGGGAAAUAGGGGUCCUUCAUUCUCCGAAAAGCUCAGGGAGUUAUACAAUACGUAUCAGGCUGCGUGGGACGAAAUCCCAUCCCAGUACCGGUAUCAAACCAGCAGCUGGACGACGUGGAGCCCGCAGCUCUGCGUGACACUCUUGGUCAUCUAUCUUCAAUAUUUAUACAGUGGUUUCCAGAUAGAGCGGAUGCUUCUCCAAGACGGUCAAGUGCCCAUCAGUUGCCUGUUGGAGACAUCCAUGAAGCUGCUUUCUGGCGUGCUCGACUUUAUCCAGCAGCAGCACUCACGCCCGAAACAUUACGAAGGAUACGCUUGGCUAUUCUCCUACUAUGGACUCCCCGGUGCUGGCAUUCUCGCAACAGAGCUCCACCACAGCACCGUGAGUGGGAACCACUUGCCAACUACAACACCUAGAUCGCAGAUAAUUCGCGACUUGAGCGUCCUUCUUGCAUACUUUGAGCGACAGCAGUUACCCGUUCGACCGGACUUUCAAGUCUGUGUCCAAAUAAGCAAGGUUAUAGCCGCCUUGCUGGACGAUACACUCAACCACGGUCUUACCUCUCCAGGAACCAAUGACCAGCCACGAUUUCCUCAGCUGGUUUGA